AUUAGGCAGCCUGCUCUCCUCUCAUGAUGGCCUUGGUCCGGGAUCGCAGGGCUCAUUAUAUCAUGAGCAUAGUUAUUACAUGGGUUCACUGUUUUUCCUCCUCCCUGAGGGGGACCUUUGGCACACGCUGGGAGGCCAUGAAAGCCAAGGCCACCGAGCUGUGGCUCUGGCGCGCGCGUAGGAAGCGAGAAGCUCGGGAAUCCAAGCCCCCGCAAAUGCGCGGGUCCACGAGACUUAACAUUUCAGAUGAUUUAAAGAUUGGCUUUUUCAGCACAGACCAUGCCACUCAAACCGAUUCCAGUGAAAUACUGUCAGUAAAAGAAUUGAGUUCAUCCACGCAAAAGUUAGCACAGAUGAUGAAAUCCCUCCAGGUGGAUUUUGGGUUCCUCAAACAAUUGCUUCAGUUGAAGUUUGAGGACCGACUGAAAGAGGAAUCUUUGAGUCUCUUCAACAUUCUACAUGACAGGAUCCUAGAAAUUGAAAAGCAUUAUCAACAGAAUGAGGAUAAGAUGAGAAAAUCCUUCAAUCAGCAGUUAGCCGAUGCCAUAGCUGUUAUCAAAGGAAUGUACCAGCAAUUUUUUGAGGUAGAAGAAGAGAACAUUAAUUUGCAAGAUGCGAGUAGUGUCAAAAUAAAUAUUUUGUUAAGAAAACUGAAAGAGAAAGAAGAAGUUAUUAAAGAAUUAAAAGAACAACUAGACCAAUAUGAAGAUUUGGGAUUUCACAAAAUGGAAUCUUUUCCCAAGGAAACCAGCUCUCCAAAAUCAAACGUAGAAAAGGAAAAUUUGGAGUACAAACUGGAAAAUGAGAGGCUGCUUCAGAUCAUUUCAGAGCUUGAAGAAGAAAUCCAGAUCAAUCUAAAAGAAAAUUCAGGAUUAGAAGAUGAACUUAUAAGUAUGAAAGAGAUGGCAGAAAAGGAUCAAAAAACUAUUCAAAAGUUAAUGGAUAGUAGAGAAAGAUUAAGAGAAGAGCUUAAUUAUGAAAAAUCAUUAGUUCAGGAUGUGAUUAAUAAACAGAAAGAGGACAAGGAAAUGAGAAAAAAGUAUGGCAGCUUAAGUGUCAAGGCUGCAAAAUCAGCCAAGGGGAGAGAAGCCUCUUUGUCCCCAUGGUCCAAGUCUCCACCCAGCGCCACAGCUUCGAGGCCACAUUCUGCGACCAUGAAUAUAUCAUCUACUGGGGCCAAGAAAGCUAAGACUCCAAAGAAGGCUUUAAAGGAAGAGCAAUUUGUGGUUGAAGACAAACAAGCUUUGGAGUCUCAAAUAGAAGCAUUAAAGGCAAAUUUAGAGAACGAGAAAAAGAAGGUGGAAAGGUUUGGGAAGGAAGCAGAACGACUAAGCAAAAACUGGGAAAAGAGAUUCUUUAUUCUCAGGAACAGCUUUCAUGUCCUUAAGAAUGAGAUGUUUACAAGGCACACACUGUUUCGUCAGUUUGCAGUGCUUGCUGACACAUCCUUCAAUUAUAUUAAAGUAAAACCCUUAUUAGUGCAAUCUAGAACAACCAUAACAGGUACAUCCUCUUCAAGUCAUUGUACAUCUUCAAUAGACAGUAAGCAUGUGGAUGUAGUCAGUGAUCAGGCAUCCCUUCAACUUUCACCAAAAGGGAAGUUGUCGGAAUCCCCAAAAGAAGAGUCCUUGGAGGAAGCAUCCAUGCGCCAGAGCAGCCCCGCGGAGACUGUUGAUUAACUGAGCAGAAGCCAGGGCUGCACAGACGGGGCCACAGAAAGAGUGGCCUCACCAUCCUGGUGUAAGGUGCCUCCCUCUCAAAGGAUACUAUCUCCAAGGAUUUUCUAAACUAAGUGUUUAAUCUCUCCGGAUUAUGUACAUUAACCAGCACUGUGCUGGAAUAGACCUCAAUGCGCGCCUUGUGCGCGCUCCUUUCCACGCCUUUAAGGAAAGCGCUGACUGGUGCUGGGUGAGCAGGGCGCACCGAUCCAUUCAGGUGCUCCCGGGACUCAGAAGAGCCCAGGCGUCUAAGAGUGGGAAGGAACGGACUUUAAUUAAAAAGUUUGACUCCCUCUCUAA